AAUUUCAGAUUCGUAAAAGUUGUUUCGAAAACGAAUUUUGUGAAUUUAAACAGCGUAAUAAGCAAAGGCUCAAUCUUCUUGCAAGAAAAUGGAAUUUUAUUACCGCCAGCAAUAGAAAAAGCGAACAUGGCGUGCUUCGUCCCGGUGUGCUUCUCUCUACCUGUCGGCGCUUCAGAAACCCUAACCGAGGAAAUGCAUGUGAGAAGAUCUCAUCUGGAAAUGUUUUCAAGCCAGGCAACCGCUGGAACAGGUGCCUGGCAGCUCCUCUCUCCUCGCUCCCUGACAGUUCGAAUCGCAUCUGCAGCAAUCAAACUUAACCCCAGCAGCUUGAGUAGGAGCACAUUUUCUGCAAAUUGGAGCUGUUGUCACCAUUCUAUGGCACCCUCAAGACAUCUCUAUGGACUUGUUUCUUGUUGUUUUAAUGUAAGUAAUGGUACUAACAUUGUAAUAUAUGGUUAUUGGGUUGGUCCAGAUUUCGAAGAUGGUUGGGGUUUUGUAGAAGCUUUUGUAAAUCAAAUUCUUUGAUUCUUGAAGGUUCUUAGUAAGGUUUGCAUGCUUUAUGUUUCCUAA